AUGAAUGAAAUCAUACUGGACCACAUUGCUGUUGGUCACAACGUUCACUUGACGAGAAUGGAGGAUACCACACAGUUGCUGGUUAAAGAUCUUGCACAUGGUUAUCCUUUGGCUGUUGACUACAACAAGAUUCCAAUAGACUAUCCAAGCCCUCCUCCAUCACCUCCACAAACCAACGGUUUCCAUCUGAUCUCGGAAGACUUUGUUAGGCCAAUAGUUCACGUAAUGCUGGUCACACACACCUCGGUCACUUUAGAAGAACAGUAG